CACUGUGACAGCCGCUGUAGGCCAGCCUAUUGAGCGGAAGAUGGCAGGGUGAUGAUGUGCAGCCAAUUCAUGGCAGCAUUUCGAUCUAGUGAAUCUAGCUACAUCCACCUGAAACAAGAUGCGGCCAAGGCCUCCAUCAGCCACUUUGUGCUGAUCAAUAGGUGAUGUAGCCUGCAUUCGUGAGGCCUGCCUUCCUAUCUGAAAACACGAGGUAGCUGUGAGUGCUGCAGACACUGAUAUAUAAUCCUUACGAAGUACAUCCUAGAUCUUUGAAUGUGGCUUGUGUCUCCUGCUUUUCUUCACUGCGGCUUUUGUUUGAGUGCGGAGCUCCAGGAGCCCCUCCGAGCCCAGGCCUGCAUGACUUGACCAGGGAGUGAACAGACCCUCACAGUUCCUCUGACAUGCACUGGGCUGUGCUGGCUCUGCACUCUCCUCCAGUUGCAGAUGUAGCCAUACCCGUGUUGGUGUACUCGCACAUCAGAUGUGCAUCCAAAGGGGUGGGUCCAGUCUCACUUGGCAUCAUGUUCUUUAUCAAUUUCUGUCAGCUUAUGUCAGGAAAUGUGCUCUCAAGGGGCAGUACACGCCCUCCAGUGUUCAGCCACCGAGAAAAUGCGUUAUUUUACUUCUAAAUAUGAAGGAGGUAGCCUCUUGUCUGUGACCAGGCCGUGCAUCGGUGCAGGUGGAGUCUGUAUGAUGACACUUUUCUCCUCCCUUUCCACUGGCAUGACUUCAUUUCUCCGGUUGAUGGUCACAGGCAACAAGAACAUACACCUUAGCAUGUGGCUGGACCCAUUCAGAACCGAUCUCUGAUGCAUUAUCCACCCCCUUCCCCAGGAUUCCUCCUCCUCAUUGGCUAAAUGAGCAGCUGUGCCAGGAGACUGAGACCCAUGAUGCACCCAUUUUGGCUUCCAUUAGUGCUGCGUGUGAUCCAUCUGGUCGCAGGUCCCUCCAGGGAACUGUGACCUACUGUAGCUAAACGCUCUUCCUGUGCAGCAUGCACUCUGUGCAUGUUUUCUCAGGAGCGUAUUUACUGUGGUUCUGAAUUGGCUCACAAAUGCAAAUAGAACCUCCCUGUUUGGGAGGCUGUUUGAAUAUGUUACUGUCUAUCAGGAACAGGAAAUGCAGCUUCCUGCUGAAAGUGUGAUGUGAAGCAGGCUAAUGCAUGUGUGUGUGUGUGUAUGACCUCAGUUGGCCUGUAGCUAAAUGAUCCGUCUUCUGCCAGUCUUGGACAUGUAUACCUGGUGACGGCUCGGACAAAUCCAGAAUGAGUGAGCUGGAGCAGCUUCGUCAGGAGGCAGAGCAGCUUAGGAACCAGAUAAGAGAUGCCAGGAAAGCAUGUGGGGACUCAACGCUGACACAGAUAACAGCUGGUCUGGAUCCUGUGGGGAGGAUUCAGAUGAGGACGAGACGCACCCUCCGGGGCCACCUCGCUAAGAUCUACGCCAUGCACUGGGGUUCAGACUCACGGCUUCUGGUUAGCGCCUCUCAGGAUGGAAAACUGAUCGUCUGGGACAGUUACACCACUAACAAGAUACAUGCCAUCCCUCUGCGCUCCUCCUGGGUGAUGACCUGUGCGUAUGCUCCCUCUGGGAAUUACGUCGCCUGCGGAGGCCUCGACAACAUCUGCUCCAUCUACUGCUUGAAGACUCGUGAGGGCAACGUGAGGGUCAGCAGGGAACUACCUGGCCAUACAGGUUACCUGUCAUGUUGCCGUUUCAUUGAUGACAAUCAAAUCAUCACGAGUUCAGGAGACACCACAUGUGCCCUGUGGGACAUCGAGACGAGCCAACAGACCACGGUUUUCUCUGGCCACACGGGGGACGUCAUGAGUCUGUCCCUGUCGCCCGACCUCCGCACCUUUGUGUCAGGAGCCUGCGAUGCCUCUGUCAAACUGUGGGACAUUAGGGACAGCAUGUGCCGGCAGACCUUCACAGGCCACGAGUCAGACAUCAACGCCAUCUGUUUCUUUCCCAAUGGCAGCGCGUUCGCCACAGGCUCUGACGACGCCACCUGCAGGCUGUUUGACCUGCGUGCAGACCAGGAGCUCAGCCUCUACUGCCAUGACAACAUCAUCUGUGGCAUCACUUCAGUGGCUUUCUCACGCUCGGGCCGUCUGCUGCUGGCUGGUUACGAUGACUUUAACUGCAACAUCUGGGACGCCAUGAAGGGAGACAGAGCAGGAGUCCUGGCCGGUCAUGACAAUCGUGUGAGCUGUCUGGGCGUGACGGAUGACGGCAUGGCGGUGUCCACCGGCUCCUGGGAUAGCUUCCUUAAGAUCUGGAACUGAACCAAGCACCUACCACACACACACACACACACACACACACUUGACAGACACCGCUCCCAUCUUGGGCCACAGUUUGCACCCUGUAUUCACUGUAUGUAAGAUUCAACAGACAAACUGCAACAUUGUGCUGUACAUAAUAUAUAUGACUUAUGUAUGAGUUUACACAAAUACAAACACACACUGUAUGCAGGACAAGACCUGAAUACAUACCCACACUACUUACAGAUGAUUUAAGUGCACUGCAGCAACACACACACGCACACACACACACACACACACGAUCUGUAAAAUGUAAAAAUGUGACCAAAUACAGUUAGAUCUUGAGUUGCUCAAAUAAAACACAAAUACCACUAUUACCUGAAGGCUUUUAACACGUCUAACACACACACACACACACACACACACACACACUCACACACUGCUCCUCAAGUUAAACAGGGGAGAAGGUGUUAUUGGACAAUUCUGUCUUUGUUUACAAUGAAGUCCAAAAUGCACUUCAGACAAAUUUUUCUGUACUAUUUUUGUCUUGGUACCACACGUAUCUCAGCGAUGCUAAUGUGAAGGAAGAGUGGCUGUAGAAGAGUCACGUGACACCAUUAAUACAGAGAAACAUUUAACCACUGACAGACAGGACGGGCCGAUGAUCGACAAAAUCCAAGGAAAAUAUCAGCUCAUAUUUCCAUCAGGCUCAAAACAUCAUGCAGUCACUGUUUUUAUAGACAAGUACCCCACAUACAGUACAGUUCAUCAGCUAACUUUUGGUUUUAUUCAGUUUUUUUUUUUUACACUUAUUUUAUUCAUGUUCUCCCUGUGUGCCUCAGAUACACUUUAAGGAUUAUUAAUAGAGAAUAUUGAUAAAUUAACAAAGAAUAAAAGAGAUUCAGAAGGUGGUUAAAAUACAAAAGCAUUAUAAGACACAUCCUAAUAAAGCAGGAGCCAGUAUUCAUACUUUGACCCUGUCAAUGUAUUAUCUGGACAUUACGAUGGUAUAAUUGUACAUAUUAAUAAAUAAUAGCCUCUCCUGCCA